AUCAUCGCCACACUUCGGUGUUAUAACUGUAUCUCUGUAUUUUGCUCGUGUUUUUUAGACCUAGAAUUUGCAAUAUAGCCUCUGAAGCAUAGAGAUACAUAGAUUGGUGUAGGAGGAGUUUCUCAACCUCACUCACCAGCCUGUGGCUUAGAUAGAAGAACCCGUUGUUUGUAAUUCAAUGGCAUGUUAUGAGAGCUCCACAACACACUGAAUUCCAAGUGGACAGUUUUCGUGUUGCAAAUUCAACAACAGCCCCCGUCGACCAUACACCAUAGGGACCCGUUUUUCUUGAAUCAUAUUCUCAAACAAGUUGGCAGAGACGGUGUGUGCAAAUUCUAACGUGUAGUUAUCAGACAGGUUUUGAAGAGCAUAUUACAGAACUUGUGCUACGUCAUUCACACAAAGAAACGACACACACUUCGUCAGAGAAAGGCAGAAGAAAGGAAACAAAUUUAACUGCUGCUUAUUCACAGAACCAACUCUGCACUGAAGACAUUUUUUUGGAGAGGAAGUUGUACCACGCAAAAUUGAUAGGGACAAGCCAUGGCUGAUAAGCAAGUAAAUAAGAAGGCCCGGAAGCGAAAAGACGCUAAAGAUAAUGAACCCCAAGAGAAGGAUGAGGCGACGAAGGAGGAGUAUACCAUCGCCAAAUGGAUGCGUAAAAAUAUUCCGAUAAAGAAGACCAAGUUUCUUAACCAUACGGUGGAGUAUUUUACUGCCAACAAGGCGAUCGACAAAUUAAUGGACUCUCCAUGGACUCAGCCGAAGAAAGGGAGCGAAGAAGCGUUGUUCACUACUAGAGAAUCUGUGGUACACGUUUUGGACAACAUGUUGAGGCACAAAUUUUUUCAUCGCGCACGGAAGAUUGCUGUGGCUGAGAGUGAGCUAAAGUCGAAGAAGAAAAAGGACAAAGAGCCGAAGGAGGACACAAAUGAAGGAAAAGAAAAAGAAACUCCCGCAGCCUCCGAGAAGGAUACGGAUAAGAGCAAAAAGGAAGAAACUGCAACUGCGGCCGAGAGCAGCCAAGCUGAAGGGGACAAAGCGGAUACAAAAGUGGAAGACAAACGCAAAAAGAAGCAGGAGAGUGAAAAGAAACGACGAAAGAUUCGUUUGGAUAUGCAUUUGGAACAGCGGAUAGUGGAUGCUUCGGAUGCAUAUGUCUGGAUUUAUGAGCCAACUCCUUAUUACAAUUACAUUUUCGGAUUUCUCGUCGUCGUUGCUGUGAUUGCUGUUUGCCUGUUCCCACUCUGGCCAUCCACUGUUAGACAAGGAGUUUAUUAUCUCAGCUUAGUAGCAGCUGGAUUCUUGGUAUUCAUUUUGGCACUAACUGUUAUCAGAAUGAUCGUUUUCGGUGUUGUUUGGGGAUUGACUUUUGGAAAACAUCAUUUUUGGUUAUUACCUAACCUCACAGAAGAUGUGGGUUUUACAGCAUCAUUUUGGCCCCUUUAUAAGUAUGAAUACAAACCUGGUGAAAGUAGCAUCAAAGAAUCCGAGGAAGAUAAUUCUAAUGAAGUAUCCAAAGGGAAUAGUAGCAAAGGAGAUACUACGAGCCAACAGACUACAACACCAGCGACCGCUCCAGACCAUUCCGAAACCGAGUCGGAAGGAAGCCAGCCAUCCCAAACGGGAAAGGAUUUUGAGAUGGUCGAGAAGGAAGAAAUAGAACAGUGAUGAUGCUAAAAACGUAUGAAUUUUAUAUGAGUCUGAUCAUUAUUAUUAACUGGAGUUUAGGAGUCUUUCUUUCAGAAUUUCAUUAGGGGUCCAUCAUAAGUUAGUUAGCAUCCUUUUCAACUGAAAAAUUUUAUGAGUGAACUCAAAAUAACUCAAACUUGUUACAAUGUUUAUGCAGAAGAAUGUGAAAACUUUGUCCUGAGUUUAAUUCGACAUGUCCCUACAUACAUAUUACACGCAUUGCCGUUAUAUACAAAAAUAUGUUGGUUAUGUUAUGUUAUUUAUGCCAUUCGACGUAAUAUUGUCCGCAAUAUUAGAGUCCUUCAAAGUUAUUUGUAUUGACCAUGGUGGUGCUAUAAUUUUAAAUUCAUUGUGUUGCAUGUUUAAGUCGAGACAAAUUAGUGUUGUCGUUUCUUAUCGGAGUGAAAUACGCGUAGAUUUUAUUAUUACACUUGAAUACAUUUAUCAGCCGUAUUUUCAUAGCAUUAGCAGAAAAACAAGUAAAUUAUUUUUUA